CGGCCUUGACUCCUACAUAGCUAAAUCCAUUUUUUUCUUCAAAUUUUUGAAUUGAGUUUUUUUUUUGUUGAAAAGGAUGUUUUUUGAAAAAGUAACGAUUUUCUGAUUACACUUACCGAAAACGUAAGAAUAGGGACGUGAUAGCUCUUGAGCAAGAUAACUCAGCUCGAGAAUUUCGAUAAACUAUGUAUAGAUUAGGAUUCCUUGAUCUCAGAAGACUUCAAUCAAAGUUUUUAGAAAAUCGGUAUUUUUGGAAAAAAAGACCUAUUUUAACCAAAAAAUUAAUUAACUUGAAAAUUUGUAGUAAAAAAUGGAUUCAGCUAUGCAAACUUUGAUUAUAGGAUCAUGCCUAUCUAUAAUGACAAAAAUAUCAUUACUAAAGCAAUUAAACUACUUGAAAAUAAUAGAAUAUGAUGAAUAAAGUGCUCUGCUCUUUCAUUUAUGACAAGCGUCCAUAAAAUAGAUCUGACGUCUGUGCCGAAACAUCAUGAAAGAAAACGUUUCUACUUGUAACACGAUUUUUUUUUCUCAUAAUGGAACUAUUUUAUAUUAGAUACUGGCAGCAGAACAACGGAGCGUUCAUUUUCUUAAAUCAAUGAAAAUAAAAUUUAUAUAAUAAUUAUUAUAGCGUAUUAAUAAAAAAAGCAUGACAUCAGUUUCAUUCUGUAAUAUUAUACAUGCAUGAACAUCUUCUGUCAUUGUUAUGCCGUCAUGAAGAUUUCAAAGCAUUAAAUAGAAUCUAGAAAUAAUUGUGACAGAUAUGUGACAACCCAAAAAAAGUUUAGCAGUGCGUGCGAAAAAUCUAAACUUAAAUAAUACGAACAACUCAUACGUGAAUACCGUGAUAUUCAUAUUAUAGAACUACUAUAGCCUAACGACAUAAAGUUUAUGUAAUUUAAUGGCUCUCUCAUCAGAUGGGGUAUUUGAAUUUGCGGCAAAUUCAUUUAUAAUUUAAAAAAAAAGACUUUGAAGAAAAUACUUUGAUGGAGGUAUUGGAGGGGUAAUAUACCAUCGCCAAUUGGCGAAUACACUAUGGCGAAACAAAAAGUUUAUUGACAAAUUUCACACUAGAGAUUCACCAAUUUGAAUCAACUGAGUUGUAACUCAAUUAUAGUACUUGAUAUUGUUACCAAUGAAACUGAAUUAACUCAAGUAUAUAUAACUGCUACAAUGAAAAAUUAUUGUUUUGUCUACGUUCAGUUUAGUCGAACAUGUGCAUUGUGUUAUUUGAGAAUGCAUAGGAUCGAACUGGGACACACUGUCCUCUGUGGUAAUUUAUUUUGUACAUAAUAAAUAUCUUGCACUUGACCGUAUGUGAUUGGUCACGAUAUAGUUACAGAGAAAAGUCUUUGCUCUUAUAUCCUCCUCUAUUUAUUUAUUCCUUAACUAAUAAUAUUAUAAUAAACAUAUAGGGUGUGGGUGGGUGUUGUUCUUAAUUCAACCCACACCCACAUCCACACCCUUAUCUGAUGCAUAAAUAAAAUUUUAAAAAAGGAACUGUCUUCUAUGUAAGCAUAUACCUAGCUAAAAUUAUUAAUUGAGCUUGGCCGUUACUUGUGACUAACGUCGGACAAUCAAAUCAUAAACGACCGAUAUUAUUAAAAAAAUGCAAUUGUGUAGUCAAUCCUCGCUAAAAAUUAUAUGGCUUUCUAAAAAUUUUAGUUAUUCUGAAUUGUAUGCAUCGCCUGCUUAAUAAUUUAUUUAUAAUUUGCUAUCAAGAGGAUUUUUCUAAGUAAUAAACUACUAAAACACAUAUUUUUUCUAAAGAUGUUUGACAUAUACGUAUACGUGUGCUCCACUAUAACCAAACAGUGAACUUUUCCUUACAAGUCUUAGGAUUUUAUAUUUAUGUAAUUCGUACAUUAAGAUGAAUAUCGAAUGAAAGCUAUAAAAUGAUGUCUAAUUUGUACCCUUAUUAUUUUUUUUCUGCAAGGAUUCAAAAGUUGGAAACAAAUUAUAGAUGAUAAUCUGCUUCAGGCUUUUAAAAAGUACUUAGUCCAUGGCAGAUUUAUAUACUCCAUAGUUAAUAAUUGUACCAAAUAUAUGGAAAACAAAUUGUUGUCUCGUUUUUGCUAAACAACAUUAUAAUGGAACAACGACUUUUUAUUGUGCUAAUUUGCAGUUUUCGAGUAAGGGAGGUUGAAUAAGCGCAGAUAAUCGCUAUGAGCUGCCAGCUAAAUGUACACAAAAUAUUAAGUUAUUAGCUGCAAUCAUUAAAAGAAUUGCUUCUGGUUCCCUUUUCUGUCCACUGUGGGAGGGGGCGAGCUCAAAUUUCUACCACUAUACACUUCAGCACUCCUUUUAGAUCGUGUUUCACAAAAGCAAAGGAGCUCGUCUCUUAGUUAAGAGUAACAAACUUCUUUUCAAUAAGAUCGGUUUUUGUGAUGCCAAUAAGUUUAAAAAAUUGUAGCCCAAUUGAUUUUUAAUUGCUCAUUGCUGUCCACUUCUCAAAAUAAUUUAGCUGGAAAACGGCCCAUGAUUUAAAGAUUCCUGGCUACGUCACUGUCUGUGGCAUCCAUAUGUAUGCAGUUUCGUGGAGAAUCAAAUGCUGCAUCGCUCAGAAAAUAUUCACUUGAAAUCUAUGAAAAAUAGAGGAGAUAUUGCGAAAAGGCGAAGACCUCAUUCAUUGUAGGCCAUCCUUCAGUCUCAAGAAAAUCGAGUUUGAAUUCGGGUUCCCUACUACUUUCCCCUCCUUAAAAAUCAAUGUUUGGCUAUCACAAAAUAUCGAACAAUAGCCUCUCCAACUGAGAAAUGUAAUUUCGAUUUUCCAUCAAUCAGAUCAUAGGCAAACCAAUCAAAAUUAUCCAUUCUUCAAGCUAUUCUUUUGGAAUUCAGAAUGACUUUAUUUCACUGUUUAACAAUGUGAUGCAUAGAAAUAUGCUUUUGCUCAUAUCUAUAUAGAAUAAAUAGCUAAAUAUAAAGAAGAGACUUGACACAAAUGGCACUGCAUUUAAAGUUCAGUAGUUCAGUGAGUUGAUGUAGCAAACUGAAACCCACACACAAUACUCAAACUUCCAAACAGUUUGGGUUUGGUGCAUGCCUAGUUGGAGUCUUGUGUCAUGUAAAAUUAGCUAUUCAUAAUAAAAAGAAAAAUUUCUUACCUUUGUAAAUGCUGUCUUUAUGACUUUGGCAGGUUUUGUCUCUGACUCUCUUCAAUCUCAUGAAGAAAAUCAAAAGUGCUUGGAAUGUGUAAUCUUUUUCAUCACAGAGUUUUUUCAGUUUAGUAGUAAAGUAAUAAAUAAAACUUAUUAUUAAAAACAUUGCUGCCUUUUAUGCAACGACAUCUAAUCUCUAAUUUAUUUCUAUUGGCUCCAAUAAACAAAUAAAUAAACUUAUACCAUUUCUUCCUUUUCUUUUUUUUUGCUGUUUUUUCAUCCUAGAACUAAUUUCAUAAGUCGUCUUAUAUUUCUAAAUUUAAUUCAUUAUCUGUUUCAGCUAGUGAUAAUAUAGAUACCAGUAAUUUCAAUUGUACAUCGCAUGGUUAGCUAAUCGAUAAGCACGUCAAUAUUUUCUAAAAAAUUAAAACUAUCUAUUUAGAUAUGGAUAUAUGUCAACAAACUCAGCUACAACUCAAUGAAAUAGAGAGCGAAGUAUUUAAACUAAUCAUCUUUCUAUUAAAACUUUUCAUCAUUUUCUUUUAUUAAGAUAGCUGAAAGUCAACGAUUAGUAAGUGAUAAAAUUCCAACAGCUCAAUUACAAAAUGAAUAUGCAUCAGAUGAUAAAAUAGCAGAAUUAAUGAAAACAUAUAAGUAUAUUCGACGUAUGCGUGGUGAUGGAAAUGGUUUUUAUCGUGCAUUUGCAUUUGGUUAUCUUGAAAAAAAUUUAAAUAAUAAAAAAGAACUCGAACGUUUUCGUCAAUUAACAUAUGAUUUAAAAGAUCAACUUGUUAAAUUAGGUUAUUUAGAUUUUACACUUGAAGAUGUACAUGAUGUUGUUAUUGAAAUGAUUGAUAAUAUAUCCAAAGAAGGAAAUGAACAAAGUUUAAUAGAAAAUUUUUGUUCACCAUCAUAUUCAGAUUAUUUUGUUGCUUAUUUACGGUAA